AUGUACCUCUACGCAAUAUCCGAAGAGUAUAUGUCAAAGAAAAAUAAUUUUGAUGCCAAAAGCCGUCAGCCAAAAACUUGGCUUAACAAUUCUGUUCCUACAGAAGAUCUGCUAUUAUCAUCUUUUCAUACGCCUGAACGCAGAGAUCGGGUGGGUGAUACCCACGGCGGUGUUAUAUUGUAUAUUAAAGACAGUCUUCAAUAUCGGAGGAGGCUUGAUUUAGAGUUGAAUCGUUUGGAAUGUAUAUGGGUGGAAAUAACGUUAUACAGUAACAGACAUAUUCUCUUCGGAGUGUUUUAUCGUCCUCCAAAUACUGAUAGUAUUUACAACAAUCUUGUUGAGGAUUCUAUCGGUCUUGCAAUUGAUACAAAUAUAUCUGAUGUCAUAAUAACCGGUGACUUCAACUACAAUGUAUUCAGUCCGAUAACAAAUCGCAAAAUUACUUCAGUCACACAACAAUUUAUUCUUGAGCAACUAAUUGAUCAACCAACUCAUUUUACCGAACUCUCCGAAUCUUUGAUUGAUCUUAUUUUUGUUUCCAACAAGAACAACGUUCUCUAUUCUGGUGUUGGUGAACACUUUCUUGACCAAGAACAAAGAUAUCACACUCCUGUAUUUGGACUUCUUAAAUUUCAAAAACCAAAACGCCACUGCUUUGAUAGACUUAUUUGGGAAUACGACCGCGGUGACUAUGAUAGUUUGAGAGAUGCUGUCAAAAAUCAUCCAUGGGAUAACUACAUUGAUGUAGAUAUCAACACAUAUGCCAACCUUAACACCACCCAAACAACAUACUCUGACCUCGAUAAGGCUAAUCUUCUUAACGACUACUUUGUUCAACAAACAAAUAUUGACGACGACAGUAGAGAAGCACCUGACCUUGGCUCUCCCAACUCCUUGUCCUUUCUAUCUGAUCUAAUUCUACGCCCAGUCGAAUUUGAAGAUGUCCUCAAAUCAUUACAAGUUGACAAAGCAGCUGGACCAGAUGGUAUCAGUAACAGACUCCUACGAGAAAUUUCACAUGAGCUCUCCUUCCCUCUUUGUAAAUUAUUCAAUGCAUCUUUACAAUCUUGUACACUGCCGUCAGCUUGGAAAGAGGCCCAUGUAACUGCUAUUCACAAGAAAGGCGAUGCAUUACUUCCAAGCAAUUAUCGGCCAGUUUCUCUUUUAAACACAACUGAAAAGGUGUUCGAACGUCUAGUUUUUAGGCACGUCUUUAAUCAUCUUCAAGAUAUCAACUUUCUAACUACAGCUCAGUCCGGUUUCAUUCCUGGUGACUCUACUGUCAAUCAACUGGUCCUCAUUUACGAAACACUUUGCAAAGCUCUUGAUGAUGGGCUGGAAGUUCGUGUUGUUUUCUUUGACAUAAGUAAAGCCUUUGACAAAGUAUGGCACAAAGGUCUUUUAUCCAAACUAGAAUAUGCAGGUAUUACUGGACCCUUGCUCUCUUGGUUUCAAAGUUAUCUAUCAGAUAGGCGUCAACGGGUUAUACUUCCUGGCACUCAGUCAUCAUGGGCUCACAUUAAAGCAGGAGUUCCCCAGGGGUCAAUCUUGGGACCUCUGCUAUUUCUUAUCUUUAUUAACGAUAUUGUACAUGAAAUACGAUCUUGUAUAAAUCUCUUCGCAGAUGACACUAGCCUCUAUGUCAUAGUAGAACAGCCUGAUUCAGCCGCAACUCUUCUCCAGUCAGAUAUCCAGACAAUCUCGUCCUGGGCCAACAAAUGGUAA